UACGAUUGUUAUCGAUAACAGUAUAGAUAACACCGAGGUUAUCUCAAUUUGAAUACCUGUAUUCACAUGAAUGAUCGGUCUAUACGGGUACUAUCUGCAUCGAGAGGGAAAUGAAUGUAGAGUGUCAGAUAAAAUAUAAAAAAAUGAAGGAUAAAAUAUUUGCACUAUUUAUCUCCACAUGCCUGGCAUUCUCAGCUGGACAAAUUGAUACAUCUGUAUGCACGGGACAAAUCCCAGGUCCAAACGACCCACCAGGACCGCCAAGUUUGCCGAACGUAUUUGAGGUGCACGUGGAAGCUAAUAUUAACAACCGGAACUACACGUCUGAGUACCAUAUCUGGUACGACCAGUUGCAUAACCAGGUGGCUACCCACGUCGACAACGCCGGUACUCGAACCGAGGACCUGUACAGGUUUGACACAAACGAGUUUUACCACGUCGACAGGGAUAAUGGUAUCUGUACCGUACAACCUCUAUUUAGAUCACCACAACUGUUCCUCUUCGGCACUGCCACAGGCGACAAGGCGACAAUGAAAACACCAAACCAAUUCCUUCAUUUUAAUGAGACAGGAAUUCAACAGAAGUGGAUAAAUCAAACUGUAGUUCGUGGCAUCACGUGCAAUUUGUGGCGUUCCUGUCUGUACUGGGACAGCAUAAAAGCAACGAUGGUCGUGGAUUGGUACUUUAGCGCCCCAUCUUGGACAACAAGCAGACUGUCUCCACAACUUCCGGUGCGGGCUCAUGUAUACGGAAAGACAGUGAUGCAAAACGGCAAGAAAAGGCCUUUUGAUCAUAUGUAUGAAUUUGCCGACUUUAAUCCUAAUCCAGGCAGACAUACGUCCGCGUAUCAGACGCCUACCGGUGUAUAUUGCCCACGGGCGAAAAAUAUUAAACCACUGCCGACACCGUCGUCAUCCUUCCAUUUCACGGCAGAGAUCAUUUUUGGCCAAAGCAUAUCUCGAAUCAAGGAAUGGUAUGAUAACGACAUGAACCUUGUCAGAUACGACUAUGACCCUCUAGGCACACAAAAAUACGGGACUCUACCACUGACACAAGUCCACGAUUUCAACACAGGAGUUGCAUACAUAAUCGACUCUUUAAGGGGAAAUUGCACUGCGACCCCUAUUUCUAAUACUGGAUUUGACGUCAGAAAUGCAGACCCGACCCACGUGAGGAUACGAACAUCAAAGGAAUUCUUCUAUUUUGACAAGGCAGCGUAUAUUUACGAAGGACAGAGAUCUGUGAGAAGUAUAAAGAGUGACGUGUGGAUAGCUCAAAGAAAUGACUGGCCCGUUCCCAAUUCUCCAAACUCGACGUGGGAAUGGUACUUUGCAACACCAAAUUAUACGUCCAACUUUAUCACAGUAUUUGGGAACCCGACCAGAAUGGUGCUUGAUGCAGGACUUGGUCAGCAUUAUGUUUACAACAUUUAUGACUAUAACGAGAGGCGGCCUAUGAUCUGGUCGUACGACAUCGGUAAUUGUUUCAACUACACUGAACGCCAGGACUUUUCAUUUAAAUUACCAGGAAGUUACCGGAAACUGGUGAACGGAAAUAUGGAAUUGUUCCGGUAUGCGGUGCUUCGAGCCAUAGUAAAGGCGGGUACCAUCAAUAAGAUCAACCUUUCUCCUCUACGAGUGUACAAUAUACAGAUUGACUAUGCAGACAACAACGAUAUCAUUGUACAGUUUACUCUACUUGACAAAGCUCCACAAUUAGGUGAUGUCAGCAAUCCAAAGCCGGAAAACAGUCUAAAGGUUGUCGCAAAAUCCAUUUCCGGUGCAAUCAAUGGCGGACAGCUGAUUGUAAGGCUGCAAGUGCCCCUGGUACCCCCGGCCAAUAUGGUGGCCAGACAGUAUUCCCUAUCACCUGGUAAAAUGAUUAAAGACGCUUACUACAAACAGACAAAGCAGGGAGCCAGUACUUCAACCGGUGUUUCCGGUGGAGCUAUGGCGGGCAUGGGAGUUGCGUUAUUGGUUGUGUUUUUCGUCAUUGGAGUGGCCGCUACAUACUUCUAUUAUAGGAGGCAAGGUGGUGCAUUUGGUCCUAAAAAGUUUGGUGAUGAGGACAUUACAUCCAGUGAUACAUAAUCACUUAACUCAAUAGAAAACUUGUUACUCCGUUCAUUCAAUACUCAUGUGUUAUACGGAUAUUUCAGUGAUACAUAAUUAUGAUACUCAGUAGAAAACUACGUUAUUACGUUUACUUAAUACAAAUGUGUUACGGACAUUACAUUGGAUUAUGAGAGAAAUAAAUAAUUAUGUUUA